GAAAAGGACCAACUGGCCCCACUUCAAACCUUCAAUGAAACCUAUGAACAGACUGAGAAGCACACGAGGAGGGCGGAGGAGGCGACCGGGCCCUCGCCCGGCGAACAACGGAGCCAAAGUGAGCGCCCAGAGGGCGCGCGGCUGAGCCGGGUGCGUGUCGCCGUGGCGGCGAGCGAGGGCGCAGGCGAACAGCGGGGCUUUGUGCUCGCACGCCAGGCACUGGGAGACACGCGCGGACACACUCGCUGCAUUCACGCGCCGACACGGGCGCGCACGCGGGCACAGGGCCGCGCUGGCAUCUCCGAGGGCGACCCCGUCCCCUGCCCAGUCCCGGGUGCCCGAGCCCAUCGACAGCUGGUCUCCGCGCAGCUCCUCCGAGCCCCCGACGGCCUGAAUCCUCGCGGCGUCCGCUCGACCAGGCACGAGUGAGCUCCACCAGCAAGGGACCAGUAGCACGACCGGUGGAUUUACUCCCAGACCAGUCCACCCAACGCCAUCUGAGGUCCUACUCAAGCUGAGGUCAUCACCCAGGGACAGAGGAUUCUAGUACUCUCACUGUUUCCUGUCACUGACAGACAUUUAUAUAUCGGAGACAACAGGUCCAUCGACGCCAUCAUCACCUUUCACCAUGGCAACAACGGGCAUGCAGCUGCUGGGCCUGAUCCUGUCCCUCGUGGGCUGGGUGGGCGGCGCUGUGGUCUGCGCCAUCCCCCUGUGGAGGGUCACGGCCUUCAUCGGCAACAACAUAGUGACCGCGCAGAUCAUUUGGGAGGGCCUGUGGAUGAAUUGCAUCGUGCAGAGCACAGGUCAGAUCCAGUGUAAGGUGUACGACAGCUUGCUGGCGCUGCCCAGCGACAUGCAGGCCGCUCGCGGCCUCACCGUCUUCUCCAUCCUGCUGUCCGGCCUGGCGCUGGCUCUGGGGGUCCUGGGAGUCAAGUGCACCAAGUGCAUCGGCAUAAACAGCCUGAAGGCCCGCGUCGCUCGCAUCUCUGGGGCCCUCUUUGCCAUCGCGGGCUUCCUCUACCUGGUGCCCAUCUGCUGGACCGCCCACUCCAUCAUCAGGGAUUUCUACGACCCCCACGUGGCGGCGCCGCACAAGCGCGAGCUGGGCCCGGCCCUGUACAUCGGCUGGGGGGCCUCGGCCCUGCUCCUCAUCGGGGGAUCUUUGCUUUACGCCGGGUCGAGUCCCCCCGGCAUCCCGGGGUCCCCCACCUUCAGCAGCGGAGAGAGCAGUCCUCGCAGGGCACCUGCCACACAGGUCAAAGGCUACGUCUGAGUUCGCAAAACACCCAAACGCCCUGUAAGUCCCACAAACCUGCCCCAAAUGACGACACACCUCUUUAUCUCCUCCUGAUGUUGUUCCUUGUAAUUAUUUUAUAUUUAAUGUUUUUUCCAGUCUGCCUUUUAUUUGAACAGCCAUCGAAGGCUGAUUAGGAAAUAUGAACUCAUUUCAUUGUUUCAUACCUGAUAUCCUCACAUAACAUGUUCUGUCUGUCUGUGAAAAAUACAAUAAAACUUUUUUUGAUUCUCCAAA